CUUGCCCAUCGUAAGCACUGGUAGAGGACAGAAGGGUUAUAAUAAUCCUGUGUGCGGCGGUAUGCUUUGAGUGCAAGGUCUCGGUUCUCAGGGCAGGGAGCAACUCCAAGUACUAAAACGACUGUUGGUCACGAAGUCAACCAUGCAUUCCACAACCAGCGCGCUUCCGAUUCCCAUCCCAACCAUCUUAACGAGUUGUCUUAUUGCCGUUGUACUGUUUGUUGGGGUACCGCUAUAUCCCACGCCGUCCAUGUCAUCCCGGCACCCACAGCUCUUGUGCCCGCGAAGGGCCAUUCUCCUCUCAUGCGCUUGGUUGUGGGGCAAGCGGCUAACCCUCGAACAAUGUAUUAUACAACACCGGAAAAUGAAAGAAGACGAGGUCAUGCGCAGCAAAGGCCGUCUUGGUCAACCUGGCGUGUAUCAUGACGGCGCCCGGGACGAGGGCGUGCUCGGCUACGUGACGAUUGCGGGCAGCAUGUGUGGGAGUCACUCGGAGGUCUCGUCGUAAAUCCACUGUUGAAAUUGUAAUAUGAAAGGGUAAGUCCGUAUGUGUCAGUCAGCUUGAUGACCAGAAUCUGUUGGUAAGCUGCCUGUGAAGACAGC